CUAUUGGGGGAAAAAAUGGAAAUAACCUAAAUGUCCUACAACAGGGUGUUCAUUGGGUAAAUUUUUAUUUAUCCUUAUGACAGAAAACAGGUACCCAUCACUAACAAGGCUGCGGAUGGACAUUCCAGGACAUGGGCUGACUUUCAUUAUGCAUACCCACACAGGUAUUUUAAUGUAUUUUGUAGUCUCCUGAUGCUUUCAAAGGGUCUCUGUGGGCUGCAAGAGUUACAAAGUUCCUCUCCCUAAUCUCACUUUGAAUUUUCCAAUGGCGGCGUCAGGCUGUCUCAAUACAGCAAGCAUCUAUCUGCUUCCCAGCAAGCAGGUGUCACGACUCUGAGUCACUUGUUCAGAAGGUCUUGGUUCCUGCAGCAAUUCUCACCCUUAUUUGCCACUUCAAAUAUCCCAGAUCUCACCUCCCUAUUCACUCCAGAGUCUCAGUACCUUCCUCCAAGGUCCCACUGCCAUCUUGACUCUCCUAGCUCCUCAACCUCUUGCAGGAGCCAGAGAAAUGACUGACAGGUACAAUCAUUCAUCAGUGGAUGUAUUACAGCUUGCGACCCUCCAACUGGGUGCUGUCCUGGAGGGGCAGCUAGGGCAAGGAAAGUGACGCAGGAGAAUGACACCACAGAAGAUUGAUUUACUUGUGAGUCAGAAGCUGUGAGGAAGGGAAGGAAGAAGCCUGAGGGGGCAGAGUGCCGAGUCCCCACUCGGCUUGAUCUGUCGAAUGGUUCUGAAAGGGGGGAGUGUGGAAUUGAGAAAUGAUAGCUGUGAAACAGAGAGAGAGGUAGACGCAAAAGAAAAAGAGAUACAGGAUAGCUUUGGGAGGGAUCUGGGUCAGCACCACGGACGACGACUGAGUUUAUUACUCACAGCCUUUAUAUACCCAAAGCAAGGGGGGUAAAAAGAUCUCCCCUUUUCAAGGACAUCAUGGUUUAAGGUACAAAGUACAGCCAAGUGUCAACACCUCCUUAGUACUCAAGACAUCUGGUAAUCACGCCUUACAGCAAAGCAUCCUGUAAGUAUAAAGCACCUGGUAACCUAGCCUCUGGCCCAAAAUCCUAUGCCUUACAGGAUAAAACAAGCUCGAUGGAAUAAGGCCGCACUACGGAAUCUCUGUGGGCCCCCACACCAGAGUUCUGGAUGGAACAUGUACACACCAACCCGGCCACUAGGAGAGCACACUGGCAAGGUUUACGUGUGAGCACCCAUUAACCCACACAGCCUGUGCCAACCCCUUGGGACCUAGCUUCUUGUUUCUUAGAUUCAACGCCUUGACCACAGUUUCUCUAUGCUGCCCAGAACGCCUCCAGAGCCAGGCUUUGGGGACUCAGAAAUGACUUCAAUACUAUCAGGGAGGAUAGUAACUCUCUCCCAAAGGCUACAGGGUGAGGUUGUAGAGCUGAAGCAAGUCUUAGCCACUUCUGCAUUCCCUCCACUCCUUUGGUCUCGGUAGUCCCAAGGAUACAAGGGAGGAGGGUCACCUUGGUCACUGCUAGAAAACCUCGUGGGGUACAGGAAAGCACACCAGCAUCUUGUGCCCAGGUAGGGCAUACACAUCAUCUCUCCCCAUCAGGAUACGAUGCUCUCCCAUCACCACAGACUAGCAAAGGGGCUAUUGCCAUUUUGUGGUUAAGGAAAUUAAGAUUCCCUGGGUCCUUCGACAGCUGUGCUUGCAGAGUCCAGGCUGGGAGUUCCUACUGAGAAGCAACUCCACAUAGCACCUGCAGCAGGCUAAGCCGUCUGCCUCAAUUUCCCAGAGCAACGGACCGUUGAGAGAGAUGUCACCUACGGGACAGUAUAGGGACCGAAUCCCUCCCUUCUUGACACUUCAUUACCAGACUGAUUUUCAGGGUGAUUCAGUGCCGGGGGUCCCUUCUGGAGAGGGAAGCAGGUGUCCUGGAAACCCAGGAGUUAGAGGUCCCGGGUGGAGGAGAGGGGGAAGACUGUCACAGGAGCCAGCGGGCUAGGAGCGUGCAGAACGAGAAAAGCCUCGCUUUCCAAGACAGGCGAAGGGGCCGGGGGUGGAGUGGAGUGCGGGGCGGGCCCGCGGGAGCCCCGGAGCGGCAGCGCGGCCCCGAGGGGGUGGGGAGCACAGCUUCCUUGUACUUCCCCUUUGCUGCUUAGCUCUACAACAGCCUGAUUUCCCCGAAAUGAUGAGGCGGCACCGGCCAAUGGGCGAGCGCAAGCGUCCCGGCGGGGGCGUGGCCGAGUCCGGGCCGGGGAAUCCCGCUAAGUGUUUGGUUUUCUCGGCGGCGGCGCCACGGACUCGCCAGUGCGCGCUACUCCUUCGUCGAGGUAGGACGUGCUCUGAGCCUAAGCCGAGCGGAACCGGGCUGAGCCAAACCAAGGUCAGCGGACCCCAGCAUCCCUGGCAUCGCUCGCUCUCUGCGCGCAUCGCGUACCUACACCGCAACCCGUGCCUCACUCUCUCGGGUACCCUGCGUGGAUCCUCCUGCUGCAAAGCCGCCAUGCCUAUCACUCGGAUGCGAAUGAGACCCUGGCUAGAGAUGCAGAUUAAUUCCAACCAAAUUCCGGGGCUGAUCUGGAUUAAUAAAGAAGAGAUGAUCUUCCAGAUCCCAUGGAAGCAUGCUGCCAAGCACGGCUGGGACAUCAACAAGGAUGCCUGUCUGUUCCGGAGCUGGGCCAUUCACACAGGCCGAUACAAAGCAGGGGAAAAAGAGCCAGAUCCCAAGACGUGGAAGGCAAACUUCCGUUGUGCCAUGAACUCCCUGCCAGACAUCGAGGAAGUGAAGGACCAGAGCAGGAACAAGGGCAGCUCGGCUGUCCGAGUGUACCGGAUGCUGCCACCCCUCACCAAGAACCAGAGGAAAGAGAGAAAAUCCAAGGCCAGCCGAGACACUAAGAGCAAGGCCAAGAGGAAGCUGUGUGGGGACUCCAGCCCUGACACCUUCUCCGACGGACUCAGCAGCUCCACUCUGCCUGAUGACCACGGUAGCUACACAGCUCAGGGCUACCUGGGUCAGGACUUGGAUGUGGAGCAGGACCUGACUCCAGCCCUGUCACCGUGUGUCGUCAGUAGCAGUCUCCCCGACUGGCACAUGCAGAUGGAAAUUAUGCCAGACAGCACCAGCGAUCUGUAUAACUUGCAGGUGUCGCCCAUGCCCUCCACCUCUGAAGCUACAACAGAUGAGGACGAGGAAGGAAAGUUAACUGAGGACAUCAUGAAGCUCUUGGAGCAGUCCGAUUGGCAGCCGACAAGCGUAGACGGCAAAGGCUACUUGCUCAAUGAGCCAGGAGCCCAGCCCUCUUCUGUCUAUGCAGACUUUAGCUGCAAGGAGGAACCGGAGAUUGACAGCCCCGGAGGGGACAUUGGGAUGGGCAUACAGCGUGUCUUCACAGAUCUGAAGAAUAUGGACUCCAUCUGGAUGGACAACCUGCUGACCCACUCUGCCAGGCUGCCCAUUCCAGCCAUUCCUUGUGCACCGUAGCUUGGGUCCCUGACCCAUUCUUGCCCUUCUGGAUAAGCAAGGCCUGGCAUCAUGGUGGCUGUGUUACAGAAAAGCUAGACUACUGUGGGCACCAUGGCAAAGCGUAGCCCCACUGCCAAGCAGGGAAAAGACUACUACCCUCCUUGGGUCAGUGGACUCUCAGGGCUUGGAAGACCAGGGUCUGAGUUUUUCUUGUGAGGUAAAGCUGGCCCUAACUCCCGGGAAGAUGGAGUUGGAGUUAUGAGAUUGGUGUAAGGUAGAGGACAUUAAAGCCUUGUUGCCUGGAGAGGGUCUUGUCACUGGGCUGGCCCUGAGGGAAACAGGCCAGUGACCUCAGAAAGAGCACAGCACUGACCCCAGGGCUGGCUCUGCACUAGGAGACAAUUGCACUAAGUGAGUCCUGUUCCCAAAGAAUCGCUGCCCUUCCCAGCCGAGCCCUGGGAUGGUUCCAGAGCCAGUGAAAUGUGAAGGAAGAAAAUGGAGUCCUGUGAGGCCGGGCUCCGUUAGCCUCAGAGGAGCUCUGCCUCGCUACCUGCUCCAGCCGUGGGGCUCAGGAAAAAACAUGGCACUUUCUCUGUGGACCUUGCCACAUUUCUGAUCAGAGGUGUACACUAACAUUUCUCCCCCAGUCUAGGCCUUCCCGUUUAUUUAUACAGUGCCUUGCCUGGUGCCCACUGUCUUCUCAGGCCUUGGCAGUGCUCGGCAGGCCCAGGGAGGGGGUUGUGAGCGCCUUGGCGUGAUUUUGACUGUUGGAAACGCCACCUAACUACUAAAUUGUGUUUGAUCACAUAUGGAUCUGUGUAAAUAUGUAUAUUUGUCUUUUUAUAAAAAGUUAAUUGUUUACAAGGCGUGUGGCUUUUUACUUAGAAAUUGUAAUCUGUUUUACUUUUUAUGGAAACAUUCUGAUGGGAAUCUUUGGCAUUCUGCCUGAGCUCUGGCUGAGCGCUGACAUGCAUCUGUCAUGAAUCUUUCCACUUAUGGUCAAGAAGAUGGCAGGAGGAGGGGAGUCAUGCCAUGUCACAGGGACAUGCUCAUUUAUACUCAUUUGCCACAGGAUGGAGUUAAGUUUUUAUUUAUUUUUUUUAAUUUUUGGAUUUUUGAGACAGGGUCUCACUAAGUAGCCCUGGCUGUCCUGGAACUCACAAUGCAGACCAAACCCACAGAGGUCUGCUUGCCUCUGCCUGCUGAGUUUGGUUUGUUUUAAUCACAUUGUAUUUGUUUGUUUGGUGUGUGCGCAUGGAGGUCAGAGGCCAACUCACAGGAAUUGGUUCUUUAACUUUGUGGGUCCUGGGGUCAAAGCUCAGGUCCUCAGGCUUGGGAGUUGGUUUUGAACUCUGGGCCCCGGUUAUCUGUUAGGCUCUGGCACGGCCUCUGUUGUGCUGAACGAACAGGUGCUGUUCCAAACAAUGAACAGUUGGUACGACCCUGACGAUCGACACCAGUGCGGACAAUGUCCCCGAGGCCUGCCGCACCAGGUCUCACUUGAUGGAAAUGAUGUCUACGCCGUACUGAUGCUAGUCACGCCUAGGAACUAAGUACCUGAAGUGUGUCCAGUGGUAUUUUCGGGAACUUGGUUUUUAAUUGCGAUGAAAAUCUCAAUAGCUCCCUGUGACCAGCGACCAUGGUUUGGACCCACCUGUACUAAACAACAGGUAUAGCUGAGGGGCAUAUCUGAAUGACGGACGGACGGACGGAUGGACGGGGGCUCCAACUGCAGUCCAAGCCCACCUGGUCAUUUUAACAGUGCUGAAUACCAACCCCACAGCAGACUGAUGCAUUAGAAACACCUUAUUCAACUUUACAGACAGCAGGUGUGUAGGCAUGCACAUGUACACAUGAAGGUCAGGACAGCUUCCUUAGGUGUCCAUUCCUCAGGAGCUUUCCAGUGUUUGCCACAGGGUCUCUGGUCCGGACCUUCACUGGGCAGCUUAUCCUAACUGGCUUCUGAGCUUCCAGAGGUCCACUUCCCUCUGUCUCCCACGUUGCUAUCAGUGGCAUUACCAAUGUGCACCACCACACCUGACUUAGAAGGUCCUGGAGAUGGAACUCGGGUCUUCACACUUGGAAA